UUUUCCCCCGCAGUCAUUAUACGACGCGCGAUACGUUAUCACCUUCUGAAAUUCAGUGUAACGCUACCUUCCGUCGAGUGUAGUUGUGACCAUGGCGUCGAAUAAUCUAGAAGUGGGCAUGCGGUGUAUAAAGUACAUGCUGUUGUGUGUGACGGCGAUUUUCGUGCUGACGUCAGCGCUGAUCAUCUCGGUGGGCACGACGAUCUACGCGAUCUACUACGAUGUGUCGUUCUUCCUGGACGACCAGCUGUUCUCGCCGGCGACCUUCAUCAUCGUCAUCGGAGUCACCAUGCUGUUCGUGUCGCUGUUCGGCUGCAUCGGGGCCCUGAAGGAGAGCACCUGCCUUGUCAAUAUUUUCGCAGUAAUCCUCAGCCUGGUGUUCGUGUUGGAGCUAACGGCGGCCAUAGUGGCGUACAGCCUGCGCGCGCAGGUUUCCGACAUGCUGGACAGCAAGCUACGUGACAGCCUGCCCUACUACUACACCAACAGUGAAGUCACUGACGGCUUCGACUUCAUACAGAGCAGGUUGAACUGCUGCGGCGUGGACGGCUACGAGGACUGGGAUAACGUGCCCACCGCCAGCCCCGGCAUCAGCGUUAACAACAUCACAGUGCCGUAUUCCUGCUGCGCGCAGGCCAUGUCCACCGCUGACGAUGGAGUAGAGUUGGACCAGUGCGUGAAGCUGUACGCCAACGGCUGCCUGCCCCGCAUCACGUAUCUGAUAUACCAGAGCGCGGGGCUGCUGGGCGCUGGAGCCAUGACCAUCGCGUUUAUUCAGAUAAUCGGCAUAGUGUUCUCCUUCUCGCUGGCCAGCUCCAUCCGCAAGGCUAAGUCGGAGCGCGAACGCCGCCGCUGGGAGAUUCAGGAGCGUAUGAUUAACGCCUACACCUCCCUGAACCCCGAUAAUGAGAAGAACGCACCUGUAGUCUACGUUCCGUUCCACGGACAGACUGUAGCUUAG